GGGCGGGGCUUCAGCCGAGGGGGCGGGCCGGGGGAGAAAGGAUAAGAAAGGGAGUGGAGCGGGCGCCUACGGUGGCCGAAGUGGGACGCGCCGAGCCGGAGGCUGCAGGAUGAUGCGAUUCAUGCUGCUGUUCAGCCGGCAGGGAAAACUGCGGCUGCAGAAAUGGUACCUGGCUACUUCAGACAAGGAGCGAAAGAAGAUGGUUCGGGAGCUGAUGCAGGUUGUCCUGGCUCGCAAGCCCAAGAUGUGCAGCUUCCUGGAGUGGAGGGACCUCAAGGUUGUCUACAAGAGAUACGCCAGUCUCUACUUCUGCUGCGCCAUCGAGGGCCAGGACAAUGAGCUCAUCACGCUGGAGUUGAUCCAUCGAUAUGUGGAGCUCCUGGACAAAUACUUUGGCAGUGUGUGCGAGCUGGACAUCAUCUUCAACUUUGAGAAGGCCUACUUCAUCCUGGAUGAGUUUCUGAUGGGGGGGGAUGUCCAGGACACCUCCAAGAAGAGUGUGCUGAAGGCCAUCGAGCAGGCAGACCUGCUGCAGGAGGAGGAUGAGUCGCCGCGCAGUGUGCUGGAGGAGAUGGGUCUGGCAUAGUCCGGCCGCCUGGCUGGGCGUGGAGAUGGGAGCUGGUGGGGAGCAGGGCGUGAGUGGCUGCUUCUCCUCUCGCCCAGGGCCCUUUUCUCCGUGGGACCCGGCUGCUCCUCUGCUGCCUCACCUCCUUUUGGAGUGAGCUGUGGGCUCAGGCCCUUGAAACAUUCCCUCCCUCCACCCCUACCUCCUGUUUCCCCUUUGCCACCCAAGGUUCUAGGAGCUAGGAGACAGGAAAAUGUGACCAAGACGGGGGUGCUAUUUGGCUUUCAUUCCCUGCCUUUGAAGAACCAAUGUUCCCCCAGAUGUCCUCCCCUCCCUAUAACUGUAAAUAUAUAAAUAUGUCAGGUUAAAGGGAAAAGGUUUUCAGGGCUCUUCUCUUCCCCAUGCCCGUGACCUACCUCCACCCUCCCCCAUCCAGCCAGGGCAGCUCCUCUGCCUGGGAGGGGGCUUCCUUGUAGUGAGAGGGAAGGCCUUUGCCCUCCCCUGCCCACUCCUCCUCCUUGGCUGUAGUGGGGCCUCUGCCAGUGCCAGGGGAGGAACAACAUAGUUAAUUUUUUUCUAACCUUGCCACUUUGAGGGAAGGAAGGGUUGGGGGAGGGGCGGGCGUGGUGGGAGCCGGCCCUGUCCGUCCUUCACUCCAGUUCUGGGCGAGGCAGGAGCUAGGGGAGGGGGGUGUGUGUGUGUCUGCCUUUGUUUUCUUUCUUCUGAAAUAAAAGGAAAAGCAUUUCUGGA